GCCCUCGAACCCUCCUCUGCCUCCAGCAGUUCACAUUCGACCCGUUGCCCCUGAAGAGAACCAGCAGACGUCUUCCUCCUAGGUGGAAAUAGAUCCAGAGCUCCAAGGACCACACCGCCACUCCCAGAGACACCGGCAAUGAUGAGAGGCAGUUCCUACUCCCAGAAGACCUUAACCGUGUGCGGCUCGAGUCGCAUGCGCGUGCAGAGCCCAUCGCCGUCACGCUGCCGCGGGCUGUCCCACCCCCGUGGGCGUGCCGGCUUCCAGGGCCAGGCUGUGGAGCUGGGCACGGAGCUCCACCAGGUCCACGCCAACGAGAAGGAGGAGAUGCAGGAGCUGAAUGUGCGCUUUGCCGGCUACAUCGAGAAGGUCCAGGCCCUGGAGCAGAGGAACUCCGCCCUCCGAGCGGAGCUGGAGGUCCUGCAGGGCCGCUUCAAAGGCGGCCCGUCCGGACUGGGCGAAGAGUACGAGGUGAAGUUUAAGGAGAUGAGGGACCUGAUCGAGGCGCUGACCGGCGAGAAGGGUGCGGCCGACAUCGAGCGGGGCUACCUGGAGGAGGAGGUGGAGGUGUGGAGGCUGAAGCUGGAGGAGGAACUGGCACUUAAAGAGGAGGCAGAGAUGAUCCUGCGCGAGUUCCGUCAGGACGUGGAUAAUGCCACGCUUCAGAAGGCCGACCUGGAGAAGCGCGUCGAGCAGCUGGUGGCUGAAAUAGAGUUCCUCAAGAAGCUCCAUGACGAGGAAGUGGCCGACCUCCUCAAGCAGAUCGAGGAGUCGAAGGUAACCGUCGAGCUAGAAUCGGACCGGCCCGACCUGGCGGCCUACCUGCGCAAGAUGCGCGCUGAGAUCGAAUCCGUGGCUGCCCGCAACGUGCAGGAGGCUGAGAAGUGGUAUAAGGGCAAAUUCGACACGCUCAAGGAGCACGCCAGUAAGCACGAGAGCCAGAUGAAGACCAUGAAGGAGGAGAUCAACACUUUCCGCAACCAGGUGACCGACCUGCAGAAUCAGAUUGACAGCCUGCGCGCCCGCAACGCCUCCCUGGAGCAGCAGCUGGAGGACAUGGAGCUGGCCCACCUGGAUCAGGUGGGCAGCCUGGAGGGUAUCAUCGCCCAGCUGGAGAGCCAGCUGUGCGAGACCAAGGCAGAGAUGGGAAAGUACCUGGCCGACUACCAGGAGCUGCUGCACAUCAAACUGAAGCUGGACGCAGAGAUCGCCACCUACAGGAAGCUGCUGGAAGGAGAGGAGAAGAGGCUUGGAAUUGUGGCCGCCGAGGGUGUGGCAGAUGUUAAAGCCACAGCCAUGGCUGGCAACCAUGAGAAUCGCUGAAAACUGCACCCACGGAACUUCCUCCUACAACCCGAGACCGCCACCGUCCCCAGGACACGCUCUCCCACCAGGACAGACCCCUCCACCACCGUCUUCCCGCCCUGGACACAGACCCCGCAACCCUCGCUAGGCACCCACGGCUGGCUAAUUCGGCCUUCGGGAAACCUGACUCAUUCUUCACAUGACACCUAAAGUCAAAAUCUCCAGUGACGCACCCGAUGGGAACGUCAUCAAUACUUCUUAAUAAAGCUUGACUUGAGUGCAGUUGUGUCUGUAGUGAUUUGACCCUUUGCAGUGUUAUGAUUAUGAAUAAUGUUGUUGAGGAGAUUUACAAACUAUACAUGUAUAUAACCCAUAUAAAUUUAAGGUUUUAAAAUUUACUUUGCUAAUCAGGUCAUCAGAAACACAGAUUAGAGAAAUUUAAAGUAAUAAAGGCUAAGCACUUUUUUUUUUGU